UGCCUAAAAAAUUAUCUUUAAGUGAUGCAAUAAAAAUAGCUGAAUCUCGUGGAGGAAAAUAUCUUUCCAAAGAAUAUAUCAAUUGUACAGAAUCAUUACAUUGGCGUUGUUCAAAAAAUCAUUGUAUUGAAAGUCAUUUAUGGCGUGCAAUUCUUAGCAAUGUAAAAAAUAGGAAGUGGUGUCCGCAUUGUGCAGGUAAUGCUUGUCUUACUCUUGAGGAUACUAAAAAAAUUGCAUUUAAUCGAAUGGACAAUGUCUUUCAGAGAAGUAUGUUAUUAGUCAAUCACCCUUAUUAUGGAUCAAAAUAUCUUGGACUGCCAUCUAAGAUACGUCGACCUGAUUUCUUAAAAACCCUUAAACAUCCUCGAGGAUUAGAACUUGAAAUUCUUUACUAUGAUUAUGGGUUUGCUAUCAAAAUCCAUGGACCUCAGCAUGAAAAAUAUCGCAAAUUCUUUCAUAAAGGAGAUCUUGAUAAUUUUAUCAGAUAG